GCGAGGGGCCUCCGGGGCCUACGUGUGGCAGCCUGCUCCGCUUGCGCCCACGCCUUCUGCUCCAGUUGCUUUCCCAACCGAGCGGCAAAGCCGGGGGUAAUGUUGCCGGGACCCUGGGAAGCGGGGCGCAUGGGCACUGCGCCUGGAGUCGGUCGCUGCGCCUUCCCGCCCACGGGGCGUCCGGUCACGGUCCCUGAAGCCCCAGCCUGCCAGACCGGAGCCCAUACUGACGUCAAGGGACACCGGGUUUCCUAGGAGCUGCCCCAGGCUUAAUGAUUGUCCAGAAGGUGCCUAUAAAGGGAGCCUGGGAGGCUGGGUGGAGGAGGGAGCAGAAAAAGCCCAACUCAGCAGAUCUGAGCACUUGAGAGCCUCAAUCAGGAGCCGUGGUCAGAGGCUCUGUGUCCCGGCCAGUAGGGCCUGCUCUUUCCCACCAUGGCGGCCCGAGGCUACGGCUAUUACCGCACUGUGAUCUUCUCGGCCAUGUUUGGAGGCUACAGCCUGUACUACUUCAACCGCAAGACCUUCUCUUUUGUCAUGCCGUCGCUGGUGGAGGAGGUCCCUCUGGACAAGGAUGACUUGGGGCUCAUCACCAGCAGCCAGUCGGCAGCCUACGCCAUCAGCAAGUUUGUGAGCGGGGUGCUGUCUGACCAGAUGAGUGCUCGCUGGCUCUUCUCUUCCGGGCUUCUCCUGGUUGGCCUGGUCAACGUAGUCUUUUCCUGGAGCUCUGCAGUACCUGUCUUUGCUGCUCUCUGGUUCCUCAAUGGCCUGGCACAGGGGCUGGGCUGGCCCCCAUGUGGCAAGGUCCUGCGGAAGUGGUUUGAGCCAUCUCAAUUUGGCACUUGGUGGGCCGUCCUAUCAACCAGCAUGAACCUGGCUGGAGGGCUGGGCCCCAUCCUGGCAACCAUCCUCGCCCAGAGCUAUAGCUGGCGCAGCACGCUGGCCCUGUCUGGGGCACUGUGUGUGGUUGUCUCCUUCCUCUGUCUCCUGCUCAUCCACAAUGAACCUGCUGAUGUUGGACUCCGCAACCUGGACCCCACUCCCUCCAAGGGCAAGAAGGGCUCCCUGAAGGAGGAGAGUACCUUACAGCAGCUGCUGCUGACCCCCUACCUGUGGGUGCUCUCCACUGGCUACCUUGUGGUGUUUGGAGUGAAGACGUGCUGUACUGACUGGGGCCAGUUCUUCCUUAUCCAGGAGAGAGGACAGUCAGCCCUCGUGGGUAGCUCCUACAUGAGUGCUCUGGAGGUUGGGGGCCUUGUAGGCAGCAUCGCAGCUGGCUACCUGUCAGACCGGGCCAUGGCCAAGGCACGGUUGUCCAUGUACGGGAACCCCCGCCAUGGCUUGCUGCUGUUCAUGAUGGCUGGCAUGACAGUGUCCAUGUACCUCUUCCGGGUAACUGUGACCAGUGACUCCCCCAAGGAUGUUGCUUUCUGGACUCCAGCUCUUCACCCUCUCGCUGAGCUCACAGGCUUUACAGAGCAUGAGGUGCCCUAU